GGUCGAUCUUAACUAAUGAGAUGUUUCGCAUAGUAGCACUCAAUGAUAUUGGAAAUGACAAAUGGAAAAAUGACACGAACUUGAAUGAAAGUCAAAUUGCAAAUGAUGUUCAGGAGUCCAUCGCAGAGUCGGAAUAUUUGCGAGGCAUCUCGAUGUUAUCCAAUGGAAACAAGGAUCUAGCGUAUAAGUUAUUUGUUGAGUUGUUAGAUACGCAAGUCUUAAAUGGAAUUACUAGGAAAGAUGCGAAAAUGUGGACUAUUCGCUACAACUGCUAUAAAUAUCUGGCCCUUAUCAAUGAAGAAAGCAAAAUUCUUAAUUCCGCACUGUUAAAUUAUGUCUCGGCUAUUAAUAUGGACAACACCGAUAUCAACACUUUAUUCCGAAUGGGUCAGUUAUCAUACAAAUUAAGUCGUUAUGAAUUAGCUGAAUAUGCUUUUGUAUCAUGCCUACAACAAAAUACAAAACACUUUGCUGCUGCACAUGGCUUAUUGAUACUUUAUUUAAAUCAAAACAAUUUAAUAGCUGCGUAUGGAAUAGCAUCAAAAUUAUUUAAAAAUAAUCAAUGUUCCAAGCUGCUUGAUGGUACCGUUUAUGACAUCUUCCAUAGAUUUUCAAGUUUCAUUCCGUAUUGCGAUAAGUUGUUUGGAAGGAUUCCAAAUGAAGCAAUUGAAUCUCUCGAUCGACCCAUUUUUAAUACACUUCAUGAAGCUGAACCCACGAUUAAGCCGUUAGAAUAUGAAACAACUGUAACAAAUGAACAACCAGAAUUUUUGAAUUUGUAUUCUAUUGGAGAAUUUAUUUUAUUGAAGCUGAACUACUUAAAAGAAAAUCAUUUGGAUCUGCCUCUUGCAUUCAGUCUUAAGCCCGUAAACAUUGUUGAGAAGAAAAAUAGUGUGCAACAGAUCUCUGAAGUAGAAGAUACCCAAAGAUACGUAUAUACUGAAAUCAGUGAUCCGAGCUUUGAUAAUGUCGGGACUGAUAUUUUUGAGGCCGACAUGGAAGGAAAUGAUUUAAGAUCCGACGAAGAUAUUGAAAAACCGAAACCUCGAAGAAGAUGUAGCGACCUACGACUUCUUGAACAGUGGGGGUGGCAUAAAAACCGGAAAUCAUCCUCACGUAGGAAAACCCAAUCGGAACGCACAGAAAUAGAUAUCUCACUAGCCGGGUUCCUCCGGAAAACUUUCACACCAUUCUUAAGUGUUUCACCUGACGAAACAACUAUUGGAUCAAGAAUUCGUAACGAUCAAUGUAAAUUAUGCACAGAAUCAUCAACACUUGAAACAUUUCUCAAACAAAGAUCCAAUGAUUUUCAAACAUUUUUGAAAUUUUCAAAGGAAAAAGAAAUGGAUUUGCUAAAUUUAAAUUUUUUAUGGCUCAAAACAAUAUCGGAAAUGUGGUCUUCGCCUAUGCCGAGCGAAAUAAAAUUACUUUUCAUGGAUUUAUUUUUGGUACAUAUCGAUUUUUUCGGAUUACCUGUCUGGGAUUUUGCAGAUACGCCCGAUUUCCGUGAUUUUUUCGGUAUUCAAUUAUUAUUUAUGGAACUCCUGUAUGAUAAAUCGACAAAAGCACACAGUAUUUUGCCCAAUAUCUGGACGGAAUUAUUAAACAACCUCAAGUUUUUUUUUGGAUGUGCAACGCAAAAGAACGUAGUAGGUUUGGAAAUCUUGACUUACCGAGUGCUCAAUAUAGAAUUUCUUAAUUAUACUGCUAAUUUUGAUAAUAAAAAGAGUUUGGAACUAAUUAAUUUUGUUGUUGAGCUGUUAGGCACAAAAGAUUCAAAUUUUUGUAUUCACUUGCCAAACUUGAGCUCAUGUUGCAUUACAAUGGAUCGAUGGAUAUUUAGGCGCCUAGAAAUUGAAAGAAAAACCAAACUAUCUCAAAUUCCUGUUUUAUUUGAGAAUGGUAAGUGGAUCGAUCUUUGUGAAAAUUUAAAGGAGCAACUGGGUAUUAAAAUGAACAUUGGUAGCGAACCUGGAGGACUCCUUGACUAUAAGAAUUUAAACGAGCUCUUGUUACAUUGUUUGUGGCAAAGAGCUCAAUAUGAGGAUUGUUUAAUAUAUGCUGAGUCAUUUCUGCAUUACCUUACUCAAAAUUAUUUAAAUGAAUGGAACAUUUCAUGGAUUGAUUCAAUUAAUUUUGCUAUGUCGUAUAUUGAAAAUAUUCUGGCCAACGAAGGAUUUGAAAUGGCUGCCGCCCUAUUACAUAAGUGUUCAAGGCUAGUUCAGAACCUCAUAAGUAUUUUAUCUUAUCAAUUUGAUGAAGACGUUGGAAAGAAAUUAUAUUUUAAUGAUGAAAGGAAAAUGAGACGGUCAUGGAUGAUACUGCAUCGUGUUCUUUUGAGAGAAGAAACUCUCAACAGAAACUUAUUUAUAACUGGAUCGGAAGAAGACUGUUUGCCUUUGUCAUUUGUUCUUUUGUUUAGAGCACAUGAGUAUAUAGGAAAAAAACAAACAUGUACUAGCGAUGGUGGCGAAUUUCUACAUUUUAUUAUUCAAGCAAUUCUACCUAAUUUGUGUGCACCUAUAUAUAACUCUUGCCGCAACCACACAUUGGAACAUAUUGAACAGGUUACAUAUUGUAUGUAUGGAUUCCCACCAAAAAGAGCACGGUCGAGACAUCUGGAGGAACAUAACUCAAAACAAAUAGCACUAACAUGGGAAAAUGCUUUGGACAUUUUUUUCAUUUAUGCUCCUGAUAUCUUACCCGAGUUCAAUUCAUACAAAGUUGAAUCUAUAACGUCGGAUAUGGAGCAAUUCUUACAAAACGUAAUAAAGUUGUUACCAGGGAACGUGGACAUGGACUUUGGAACUCGUAAUAUAAAAGAGUUUAUAUCAGGAUCUUCUAUUAAAUUAUCGUCGAAAUGUGUGCACUUACCAUUUAAAAUUAAAAAUAUAUUUUAUUUGGUCGCCGAUUACUAUUUCAAAUCCCAUGACUUUAUUAAAGCAAUUACUUAUUAUAUGGACGAUUUAGCUGUAAAUACGAGUCGCUUUGAUUCAUGGGCUGGAAUAUCUCUUUCAAAAGCCAGCAUAAUUGACACAAAAAUUAAUGGAUUUCAAAAGACUGAUCCAUUUCAGAUUAUUCUUGAAUGUGAAGAAGUUAUACGAUGUUUUGAAAAAUGCAUUGGCCUAAUGCAAACUCAUAUACUAAUUUGGAUUGAAUAUGGAUCUUUUGCUUACUCCAUCAGCUCCUACUGCUCCAGGAACUUGAAAAAAGCAACAUCAGAAAAUGCAGCCAGCAUGCGAUAUUUCAGGGAAAAACAAGAAAAAAUGAUGAGCAUAGCUUACAAUUGUUUUUCAGUAGCUUCUACAUUACAAUGCUCGGAAAGCCUAGCUACGGAUACAAAUGAUGAGAAAUGGCUUUGCCACUAUAUGUUAGGAAAAAUUUCUGAAAAGCAGGCUAAACAUCCCGCCGAUUACUUGAAUUAUUAUUUAACGGCCUCGAAUUAUUUGUAUGAAUGUAGUGCUACGUAUCCAAUUAAAAUCAACCAUAACAAUCCAACAACUUUAUCAGUUGAAGCCCUUGAAAUUUUUUAUCGCAUUAAUGCCGCUAUAAUUAAAUUUUUGGAAAAAAACUCAUUUAUUACGCGUUCAAUUGGAGACAUAUUCAAAGGUGUCCUGAAGCAACUCUCAAAAAGUCCUUUCGCUUUUAACAAGGCUAAAAUUGAUGGUAACUGUCUUUACGCUAUAAAAAGGAAAUCAACUGACUUAACCGACAUAAAUGCUACAAAAAAAUUAUGUUUUGAGAUUACCUCCAAAAAUGUUACAGAAGAGGAGAAAGAAGCCAGUCACAUAAACCCAGCUACUGAAGUUUUAAGAAGGUUUUCGGAGGAGAGCCGGGGCACUGGAACUAUUACAACUUCAACAAACUCGUCAUCCUCUAUUUCUAUUGAUGAUUCGGAAUCCGAGAAUUCGUGCAAUCAAACUGAGUUCUCCAAUUAUAAUGCAUCAGAGCUGGAGCAUAUUUAUAAAAAGGCUAUUCGUAAUUUAGAAGAAUGUGUUAUUCGUUUUCCUGAACACUACAAAUCCAUUUAUCGCCUUGUUUCUUUUUACAUGAAUGGUCCAAAGAAAAUGCGGAAUUUUCAAGUAGCUGAAGAUUUACUUCUUCAUCAUUAUCAAACCAGCGUGGGAAAUAUGGUUGAUGGACUGUUUUUUUAUAGAAAAAGGAAUAAUAUUUUUAACGGUAUAUGGAGAAUUCCGUCUUCAGAAAUCGACAGACCUGGAAGUUUUUCAACACAUCUUGUGAAAUGUAUUAACAUAUUGCUGCAGUUACUCAAAAUUCAAUGUAACUAUAAAAUUUUAAUUGAUAUUAUACUUCAGUUUCAAAGACCACCGGAAACUGAGAGAUGUUAUAUCCAGGACUAUGAUCGUAUAAAGCUGUACAAUACAGCCAUUAAUUAUUGCCAAGAAACUAUGCGCAAUAUAUUAUAUAAACAUGAAACUGAAAAAAAUGAGAAAGAAUUAUUAAACAUGUUAUUGGAUAUGUACAAAAUACAAAAGAAAUACUAUAAAUAUGCUAUUCAAAAAGAUAUCUGGUUCUCAACCAUUUUUGUUGAAGUCUAUCUAUCCUAUAUAAAAAUAAUUAACGCAUUACCGUACGGCGACAACUAUUUUGAUUUGGCAGUAAAACUUUGCCAUCAGGAGAUCACUCAUAAAAAAAAUAUGGAGAAACAAUCGUCAUUGCUAACGAACAUCAAUCAGGUGUCAAAUAUACUUAUUACGGAACAGCUACCAUGCAAUCCAUCAAAUGUUUUAAUUGAAAAUGAGUCUGUCAUCUUUACACCACCUGCAGUCCAAUCAGGUACCGAGCAUAUGGAGUCGGAAAAUAUGCAUCCAUUGUUUCAGGAAGACGCUUCCAUAUUUUAGUCCUACAAGCAUAUCGUGCACUAAAACAGGAGCCACAAAUAAUAUGUCAUCAAAGUGUAAUAAUAUGGAACGCCAAUCAACAAGGAUCACUUCCAACAAUUUUAAAUUCAC